ACUCAUUCUCGUGUGUAAUGUAUCCUCCGAAAGUCAUGUGGAUAAAAUGAGGUGAAGAAUUUUUAUAGAAAUGGGGAGAUGUGUUUCCCGUGUUCCCCGUCACCACCUGAUCCUGCUGUUCCUGUUCCUAUCAGUGAUCUUCAGCUCUGCUGGUGAAUCUUCAGUUCAGGAUCUGAUCGGUGCUGUAGGAGACUCUGUUACAUUUCCCAUCAGUGUCCCUGUUUCUGGUAAUCUAAUUUAUAACGGUAACACAGUUGGACUGGUGUUGAAUAAACAGAGUGACACAGAGCUGAGUGAGAAGUUUGGGAAUCGUCUUCAGUGGGUCAGUCAGAGUGGGUUCUUCACUCUCUCAGACCUGAGAACAGAUGAUUCAGGACUUUACACAGUGCAGAGCACUAAAGAGCCGAAGGGAAAACAGGAUUAUCAGUUGGAGGUGUACGAGAGAGUUUCAGCUCCUCAGGUGAUGAACACAACCUCCAAUACAUCAGAGUUCUGUUCAUUCCUGUGUUCUGUGAGGAACGUCAGAGGACUGAAGCUGUCUUCAUAUGAAGACGGUGUUUUAUUAAACCAGACCAGCAGCAGCGACACAUCCGACAUCACACUGAAUCUUCAUCUAGAAAUAAAGAAGACGAACAAUUACAGAGAGAGAACCUUCAGCUGUGUGGCUUCCAACCCAGUCAGUAACAAGACAACCACAAUAAUCAUCACAGACUCCUGCUCUCUGAACACAGAAGGUAAUGUUAAUGAUUCUCGGACCGGUGUGAUCAUUCCUGUCAUAUGUACUGUGCUGUUAUCAGCGGCAGUGAUCUUGAUGGUUGUGUAUCUGUGGAAAAAGAAACAAAAUGAAUCCAGUCGGAGUAGAGAAGACUUAUCUGCAAGUGAAGGACUAAGAGAAGAAGUUCAGUACUCUGUGAUAAAUCAUAAAAAAAAAACACUCAGGUCAGUAACUGAUGGACUGAGUAACAUUUUACUAAAAUUAAAAGUAAAAGUUAAAUCCAGUGUGAUGUGCAGCAGCUUUUCUCUCAGAGCUCUCGGGUUUCACAUCUUGGAGGACAUUAGUGUGGUUAAAGCUCUUGUAAAUGCUGUGGUCUGA